UGGCGCAUGCGCUGAGGUGUGGAGUCGGCCCGGCCCCACAGUUCGCGGAGGCUCCUGAGCUGCGGCCCGGCGGGGUCAAAGCACCGCCUCGCCCCCGCCUCCUUCCUGGCGGUUGGUUUCCAGGGACGCGGCGGUUGCUGCGGCUGAGAGGCGGCGCGUGAGGGGGCUCUGGCCCUUCCGGGGAGCGGCGGAUCGGACACGCGGCCGGCUCGUGCCAGUGCGGAGCGAAUCCCGGGCCCCGGGGCGGGAAAUUGGAGCGAACAACUCCCAUCUCCUUUCGGUCUCUGCAGAAAUGGUUCAGCUCCAUGUGAAGCGUGGCGACGACAGCCAAUUCCUGUUGGAAACAACAUGCGGCAUCUCCAUAGAAGACUUAACACAGCAAGUCACCAGGAUCUACAAUCGCAGGCUCAAAGUGCAGCGUAUUUGCUCAGAAAUGGAGGAGCUGGCAGAACAUGGUGUCUUCUUGCCUCCUAAUAUGCAAGGACUGACAGAUGAACAGAUUGAAGAUUUGAAAUUAAAGGAUGAAUGGGCAGAUAAAUGUGUACCAAGUGGUGGAAGUGUCUUUAAAAAGGAUGAAAUUGGACGAAGAAAUGGACAUGCUCCAAAUGAAAAAAUGAAAGAAGUUUUAAAAAAGACAGUAGAGGAAGCUAAAGCACAAAUAUCUAAGAAACAAGUUCAAGCUAAUGUAUGUGUUAAUAUGGAGAUGGUGAAAGAUGCACUGGACCAGCUCCGUGGAGCUGUAAUGAUUGUUUAUCCGAUGGGAUUGCCGCCACAUGAUCCAAUUAGAAUGGAGUUUGAAGAUAAAGAAGACUUGUCCGGAACUCAUGCUGGACUUGAGGUUAUUGAAGAGUCUGAAGCACAAUUGUGGUGGGCAGCAAAGGAGUUAAAAAGAACAAACAAACUUUCAGACUUUGUGGGCAAAAAUGAAAAAACUAAAAUCAUUGUCAAGCUACAGAAAAAAGGACAAGGUGCCCCAUCACGUGAACCUGUGAUAAGUAAUGAAGAGCAAAAACAGAUGAUGCUGUAUUAUCACAGGAAGCAGGAGGAACUCAAGAAAUUAGAAGAAAAUGAUGACGACUCCUAUUUAAAUUCAGAAUGGGCAGACAGUCAUGCUUUGAAAAGACAGUUUCAUGGUGUAAAAGAUAUUAAGUGGGGACCAAGAUGAAGCUCUCCAAACAGACUUUUUAUCUUAGAAAUAAAUAAAUAAUUGACCCACCCUUGUUUUGGAAAUGACAAGCACAUUAGUAAACCUCAGUUAGCAUUUGUGGCAAAUGUUGAAAUUUCCAGUUUCUUAGUAGAGGUUCAUUUUAAGCUUGAGUUUUUCAAUGAAAAUGUCACAUUUCUAUUAACUGUCUGUAGCAGGACUCUUCUGUAGUAUGACUAUGUAGAUUACACAUUGUAAAUUUUCAUAAUUCUGUUUUUACAAAUGUUUGUAACUGGAAUAAUUAAAUCUUAAAUUAUUUUGCGGACAGCAUUCAUAGCUAAUAAAAAUAAUUAAAUGGU